CAGAUGCGGUACCCUGUAACCCUGACGCAGACACUGCCAGUGCCAGACAGUAAACACUAGACAAGCCAUGGUGAUGCUGGCCGGUGCGGGUGGAGUGGCUGGCUUGGCGAGGCUGGCAAUGUUCCUGCAGGGCCAGGGACAUGUCAGGCUCGCCACGCUUCCCCGCCUGUGCCCCGGUGUGCCCUCACAUCACCCAGCAUGCAGGGGCGCCGCUGUGGGACAGAACGGCAAGAUUUUACACAGAUCUCUAACCAGAGUGGCACUAUGUGCAGCACUGACCCAGCAGGGCAGAAUGCUUGCCCCUUAUCACACUGACUUGAGUGGAAACAUGAGAACCUUCUCAGACUUGAAUGGUACCUCAACUAAAAUGUCACAAGUGGAGAUAAGCCUGGAGGAGUUGAGAAUGAAGCUGGAGAGGUUAGGGAGUCUGAAGCUGAAUGACAUCAACCAGGCAGUGAAGGCCUUGGAGCAGUGCUUGGAGGAGCUCUCUGAUGCUGACUGUCUCCAGCUCCUCCAGUUUUGCAGCAAGAUGACUGAGGAAGAGUACCGGCCAUGUGGCUCCCUUAUCCACCGGGUGUGGCGCCUCACCACUGACAGACCAAAUGGGAAUGUAAAUGAAGAGCAUCUGGAGUUAUACCUUCGUUUGUGCCUUUCAGUGGAGUCAACAAGCAUCUCAGAAAGGGACAUCUUUGAACAGCUAGAGAAGCAUAGCAUAGAGCCGAGUGCCAAAGUGUUCGAGGUGCUGAUGAUGGCUCUGGGGCAGCGUGGCCACUUGGAUGGAGCCUUGCGGGUGCUGACCAGGAUGAAGGAUCGUGGUGUUGCUGUAAGAGAAGCCACCUUUGCUGCCCUCAUCCUGGCAUAUGGAGCUGAGAAUGACUGGGAGAGUGUUGAGGGAGUACUGGACACCAUGAGAAGUGUCCAGAUGUCCCAAUCAGAGGUGACCUUUGGAGCACUGGCCAUUGUAUGUAGUGCUCAGGGACAGGUGCUGAGAGUGAGGCAAGUGGUCACCCAGGCAUGGCAAAGAGGUGUGGCUCUGUCCAGUACUCAGCUAGAGGCCGUGCUGUUUGCCCUCAUCAGGAAUGGCCAUGCUGGGGACUCCUACGAGAACAUUGACUUUGUUCUGCAGUUAGUUGAAGAGAGUGGAAUGAAGGCUGACAUAUCCUGGUUGGCUCUCCAUCUCAUCCACUGUGGCCGGGUGAAGGAGGCUGUCCACCUGGUCCUCUCUCUCCCCUUCCUGCGCACCAACAACCACCUUUAUUCCAAUGCUGCCAUCUACUUGCGGGAGAUUGUCCACACACGAACGGCCCCGAGUGUGGUGGUGGACGUGUGUCGCCGUCUGCAAGAGGAAGGCAUCAACCAGUUCUCUCUGCAAGUGGCCCUGGAGCAGGCCCUGAGGGAGCGGUGGGAGGAGCUAGCCUGGGUGCUGCUGAGGGCCAUGAAGGAUGCUGGCCUGCCCCUCCGGGAACACUACUUCUGGCCACUCCUCCACCUCAAGGCCAUCGCUCAGGAGCCUGUCCAGUUGCUGGAGUGUGUACAGCUAAUGCUUCAGCUCGCGGUAACUCCAAGUCUUGUGACACUGCGUGACCACGUCAUCCCUGGCCUGAGCCUGAGCCAGCCGUGCCUCACCCUACAGAUGCUGCAGAACACGGGGCUCUCAGCCACUGCUGCUGCCACACCACUGCUCAUUGUGCUGGUCAAGAACAACAUGAUGGAACAGGCCAUCAGCUUUGUGCAGAAGACCAAAGUGCCAAUCAGUGUAGGGGACACUCUUGGGACCCUGGCUCCAGCGUGGCACUCCCAUCCAAAGUCCAUCAUUUCCCUCCUUGCUCUUCUCAUGCACCACGGCCGGGAGCCAUCAAGCAAGAACAUGGAUGAUUGGGGUGGGCAGUUCCUCCUCAGUUUGGCAGCCACAAGGGCAGGGCUUGCUGUUCACCUCAUCCGUCCUCUCUUCCAGGAGUUGAAGAAACACGGGAUUGGGGUGUCAGAGGAUUCAGCCGAUCUUCUUGUGAACCAGUUGAACCAGCCACUGCAGAAGGAAGUGAAGGAUAACCUGUCCCUUGUGCUGCAGCCUGCUGUGGAGCAGCCCUCUCAACAGAGCAUAUCAGAGCAGCUCAAUCAGCAGCACUACAGUACCCUGCCCCACCCACGCAACAUGAAGGAAAGUGAGCUGGAGGGACAUCUAGAGGAGCUGCGUGCUAAGGGGCUCAACACCCGAGGGUCCUUACGCCGCCUGCUGCUGCUCCGUGCUUCCAGGAAUGACACAGCUGGGGUGCUGGAGCUCAUGAGGAGUGCCUGCAAGGACAAGCAGCAGCUGAGUGCAGGCAUGUUGUCUAGUGUUCUCAUGGCUUACAUAAACAAUGGCAAUGCUGAAGCUGCCAUGGACAUCUACUCCCUGCUUGGUACCAAAUACCCAAGCUUCAAGGUGGACUCCUACAAGGUGGUGGACCUUUGUACUCUCCUCAUCCAGAGUGGCAGGGCUGCAGAGGCCAGCGAGAUCCUCUUGGAGUAUUUCAUAAAGAGUGAUGGGAAAAGUGUCAACACCAGACAGAUAUUGAGAAAUUGCAGGAACUUGCUGUUAGCAUCAGCCAGCACCAGCAACCCACAGGAGACAGACAAACUUUUCAGUCUCUUGCUGCAAGGGGGCCUGGUGGAGGCUGACACUGUGACUCUUGGUGUGCUGGUGAAGAGCAGACUCAACAGGGGAGAUUUGGCAGGAGCAAUAGAGACGGCCAGGAAGAUGCAGCAGCAGUACAGCCGUCUUCCCAUGCGGCGAGAAUUGCUCAUUCACCUCAUCAAUCAUCACCAUGGAAAUAAAGAGACUGAGUCUGUUGCCUCAUAUCAGCUGCUGCAGGACAUGAUGGAGGUUAUUGCAGAUGUGAAGGGACUGCUAUUGGCUCAGCAUGACUUGCUGUUUGCCUACCUGGAGGCUGGCCAACCAGCGGAGGCCAGGACAGUACUCAGGAACCUAGCAAGAUCUCUUGACCACCGUCAGCUGACUCGACAGCUGCAGUAUUAUGUCAAGACAGAGAAUGAAGAAGCUGUGUUGCACCUGCUCACUGCCUCACGGGGAAUGCCCAAUGCUGACCGCCAGGCGAUGUACGAAUGCCUCCUCAAUAUCUACCACGUGAAGAGUGAGGGCGAGAAGGGGCUAUCCCUGUGGACCUCAAUGCAGGAGGAAGGUCUCACCCCUACACCCUCCUUUCUCACCAACCUGGCAGCACUUCUGGCUGUCUGCAAAAUAAAGAUUCCAUUUCAGAUAUGAGGCAGUGUGAAGAACAAUAUGAAUAUCCCAGUCUCUGAAAACUCAAUAAUUGUGGUCCUUUGCCUCAGGAAUGUAUAUAAUAGGUUAAUUGUUGAAUAUAAUAUGUAUAUAGUAUUCAUAAUAAAGUAAAGUUUGUA